AGGCAUUCUUCUCCCUUCAUCCAUUCUUCUCCCUUCCUUCAUUCCUUCAAAUUUUCAUGAGAAAACUUCCCUGAGAAAACGUCGACAAUCAUUUUCCAGUAAUCCCCCACUCUCCUCGCUAUCGAUUAUCGCUGUGGUUUUUCAUUUCCUUGGUUCCCUCCUCUCCUGAUCAGGAGAAGGCGUCUGGAUAGGAAAAAGCAACAAUCAGAAAGAAAUGUUUUCCAGUGCUUUGUUUUUGGUCCAGCGAACGCUGGGAAAUCUGCAUUCAUGAAUUCUUUUCUUGGCAGGCCCUAUUUGGAUUCAUAUUCUCUAACUGCUGAUGAGCAAUACGCUGUGAAUGUUGUGGAAUUACCUGGGGGAAUAAAGAAAACUCUAUUCUUGCUGGAAAUCCCUGAGGACAGAGUUUCAAAACUGCUGUCUAGUAAAGAGUCACUGGCUCCUUGUGACAUAGCUGUAUUUGUUUAUCACAGUUCUGAUGAGUCUUCAUGGAAGAGAGCAACUGAAUUGCUCAUGGAUGUUGCUGGUCAUGGUGAAGACACUGGUUAUGAGGUGCCUUGCCUCAUUGUUGCUGCUAAAGAUGAUCUGGAUUCAUUUCCAAUGGCAAUACAGAAUUCUACCAGGGUUAGCCAGGAUAUGGGGAUAGAGGCACCUAUACCUAUCAGCUCAAAAUUGAGUGAUUUCAAUAACAUAUUUCGAAGGAUGGUAAAUGCAGCUGAGCAUCCUCACUUGAGCAUUCCUGAAACUGAGGCUGGGAGAAGCCGUAAGCAGUACCAUCGGCUCAUAAACUGAUCUCUCAUGGUUGUUUCAGUUGGAGCUGCUGUAGCCAUUGUUGGAUUUGCAGCUUACCGCGUAUAUACUGCUAGGAAGAAUGCUUCUAGUUGAGGGAUGACGAUUCUCCUAUCUUCUAGACACUGUUGUGGUUAUCUUAUCUUCUUAGAAACAAUUUUGCCUUGUUUAUUUUCUUAAUCUGAUUUCAAUGGCCGACUUUUCUGCGUUAUAUUCAGAAUCCUAAUCUGUAUGAAAAAGAAUUGCAAAAUUCUACCAUCCAAUUUAGUAGUGUUGGAAAUAUUUGGUCUGUAGAAUAUCAAGAGAAAUGAUGGAAUAGAGUGAUUGUGCAAUAAAAAAAUUUUUGCUCUACAUUUCAACCA